UUUGAGCAAGAAGUGAAUUUGCGUGUGGCAAUCCUUUGAUUAAUCUCAUCAAGUUCAGAAUUAAAAGUUCAAAAUGAAAGUUGUAGUGGUGUUUACAAUUUCAAUUAUACUUUUUGGGGUGAAGGCAUGGUCAGCAGUUAGGAACCCUUUUGAGAUUGAAAAGGAGCCCCAACGGACAAUGCAUACAAUUACAGAUUGCAUGCACGUGACGUCAGAGGAAGGAGACUUUUUGUACCGGAAGGAACCAGAGCCACCCAUAAUACAUCAAAGUUCAAAAAGGUCCUCACCUAUGGAAGUAUGUGGUCUCUAUGUGAUUGCAGCACCUGAGCAAAUCAUCGAACUCUCUGUAAAAUUCAGCAACAUCCCCUGCGAAAGUGGCGCUCUAAUGGCAUUUGUCGACGGAUGGGAACUCAAUGGCCAGUACUUUCCGGGUAUACAUGAUCACCACUUGGACAUCAAGGAUCGCGUUAAGGAGUUUUGCAAUGAGAACUUCAAUUGGUUCCCCAACUAUCACAUUGCACCGAAAAUUUACAGAUCAAGCCAAAAUGCAGCCCUUAUUCAGUACCGGAUACCACUACAUGGAUCUUUUCACGUUAACGUCCGAUUUAGGACAAAUCCCAAACCUUGCCACAUUAUGGCCGAGGGAUUGGCUCCAUUUUAUCGACUUCAGAGUUCAGAAAUGUCUCCAAAUUGUACAAUUACUGCACUUUUUCCUGCUGUGGUGUCAAUUUUAGGUCUUAAAGUCAGCCGAAAUACGGAUCUAACCAAUGAGUGCACCUCCAAGAGCGGUGAAGUCAAUCAACUGAGCAUCGGAGGAUCACCUGGUUUAGAUUCAUUUAGCAUGGAAAAGACAAGUUCCAUUUGUGGCCACACAGACAAGGUGGGUCCUGAGCAAGCAAUAUUCUGCGAUGUAACAUCAAUUCGAUUGGAGUCCAGCUCAAGAGCAAAUAACAUUGCUCUGAUAUCAGUCCGGCCAGCUACUGAAAAUGACCUCGACAUUGCCACACUUGUCUGCUAAUUUGUUUAUUUUUUUUUUCAACAUUAUUUCUCUAUCAUUCGCCACAUCAUUACAUAUUUCAGU